GCAUUCAUUCCUCGACUGACGCAAUCCAGGAAGAGCCGCUCACUUCUGCGAAGUUUGUCAGGUAGCUUAGCUAAUGGAGUCGAUGGCUGGAAGUAAACAUAAGUGGCCUUAGAAUGUUAUAACGUCUAACCCGCUGAUGUACAUAAGACUUAUGAGAUGGAUGAUAUCAAUUUACACUACAGAUUCCUGAACUGGCGGCGCAGGAUCAGAGAAAUCAGGGAAGUCCGUGCUGUUCGUUAUCAAGAGCGAUACAAACGAAUGUUGAAGAAUGGAGACACGCUAAGUUACCAAGGGAACUCUGAUGAUGUUGGCUGCUACGUGGCUCCACGCCCCUUGUCAAAAGGAAACUGUUACUUCGAGGUGACCAUUAUGGAUACUGGAGUGAGAGGGACAAUUGCUGUCGGGCUGGUUCCCCAGUUUUACAAACUUGACCAUCAGCCUGGCUCGCUUCCACAUUCAAUAGCUUACCAUGCCGAUGAUGGAAAGCUGUACAACGGCAACCCCGUCGGUCAGCAGUUUGGUCCUAAAUGUAACCGUGGUGACCGAAUCGGUUGCGGUAUUUAUGCAGACACUUUCGAUGCCGGACUCGUCACUGUGUUUUUUACAAAGAAUGGCAAAGAAGUGGGGUCAGUGGUGGUGCCGGUGGCUCCAGAUGGGCUUUUUCCUGCCAUUGGCAUGCACUCCCUCGGUGAGGAGGUACGGUUGGACCUGCAGGCGGAAUGGGGUUUGGAGGAGGAGGACAGUGUCAUGAUGGUGGACAGCCAUGAGGAUGAAUGGGCACGCCUGUAUGAUGUCAGAGUCAGUGGCAUGCUUCUGGAAUAUGUCGGGAAAGGGAAGAGCAUCAUGGACGUUGGUCUGGCUCAGGCCCGGCAGCCCCUCACGACACGAAGUCACUACUUUGAAGUGGAGAUUGUGGAUCCUGGAGAGAAGUGCUACAUUGCCCUGGGCCUGGCAAGAAGAGAUUACCCAAAGAACAGGCAUCCAGGAUGGAGUCGAGGUUCUGUUGCAUAUCACGCAGAUGAUGGGAAGAUCUUCCAUGGAAGUGGAGUAGGAGACCAGUUUGGCCCUCGCUGUUUUGAAGGGGACAUCAUGGGCUGUGGAAUAAUGUUUCCUCGGGACUAUGUGCUGGACUGUGAAGAUGAGAUGGACGACUGGGAUGCUGCUGAUGUUCAACCAAAGCAGGGGCGUGUUGAAAAUUUACUGUAUUUGAACGAUGAAGACGAGGAAGAGGGAGAUGAUCCAGAACAAGAACACGAGGGCCGAAAGGUUAUGGUGUUCUUCACCCGGAACGGCAAGAUUAUCGGCAGGAGAGAAGUGGUUGUCCCGGACGGAGGAUUUUACCCCAGUAUCGGGAUGCUCAGCAGCGGAGAAAAGGUGAAGGUGGACCUCCAUCCUCUCAGCGGAUAAAGCUACGAGCGGAUGGGAAAGACCAAAAAAUUAUGCUGAGAUUUCAAUUAUCUUUUGUACAUUUUAAGGCACUUCAAAAUGCAACUUUAACACGUCUAACACUCCAGUGCAUGUUUCAUCGACAGCGAUCACCUCAGCUUCAAUCGGUGUACUGUGAGACCACAUGUAGAGGGGUUUGUGGCAUGAAAAUGGUUAAUAUUGGGCGUCAAAAUAAUGUAUGGAAAUAUUAAAUUAUAUAUUUUUAAUGUACAUAUGUAAAUCUAUGUAUUGGCUGCUAUACAAACAUUUCUUUAGCAAAAAUCAAUCAUAUUAUUAAUUAAUAACUAGACACCAUAGAGAAACUUAAAGAUAUGGCAUGAGGGUGUUAUUAAUUAUAAAUAAAUGACAAAUACAUAUAAUAAUGUUAAAAAUAACCACAAGUUUUCCACAAGCACUCCCUCUCACAAAUGACUUGUGAAGGUGUUGAAAGCAUAUUACGGUUAUUUUUCUUAUUGUGAUUAAUUUUGAAUUGAAAAGUGCCAUUUUUUUAUUAUUAUUAUUUUUAUCUGAAAUUGAGCGGUUGAAGUGUUUGUCAGUGGAUAGCAUGGAGUAAUCGAUGAAUGCAUCUUAAAUGUUUAUUUAGUUCAGGCUUUUCUGUAAAUGUAGAGUUUUACAUCAGUUUGUGGACAUUUUAUCAGAUAUUUCAGGGGGAGUCAGAAAACAUAGAGCUGUUUAAUCAGGAAUUGUUCACUGUAAUGUGAGCUGGUCUGGUUCACAAAUGCUACAAGCACUUUAGAGACGCCUCAACUUAAGCUGAUAGUCCGAUGGGAGAGCGGCACUGAUGCCGCGCUCUAGACUUCUCAACACCUCGCUGAUGCAAUAAUGCACUUCCUCUUCUGUCUUGUUACAUAUCACAUAUGGAACAAAACCGUUUCAUAUGACGUACAUUGCCAAAUUUAAUGUUGAAUUUUGUCCCUUUCAAUAUAUUUCUCCUCUAACAUGUCUUAUAAACAAAGUCUUUGAAUGAUAUUAAAUGUUACUCUAUA